CUUCACCUGUAUCGGAAACAUUGAGCAAGCAAUUAACACUCAUCAACACGAGGAAGCCUUGUCUGCUCUUGGACGAUAGGUUUUAUCGUAAUUGUAGACUUUAUUUUUAUUUUUUUAUUUACAGAUAGGCUACCUAUGAAAAGAAAUCAGUUCAGUGUGAAACCGACGACUUUGCUGUCUGUAACUUCUCUUCUUGUCGUGUCGACGCCUCGACAGAAUCAGGAAGUCCGGGGAUUUUUCAGAAAAGAAAACUUGUAUGGACGGUGGAUACCCCACCUUUAAACGACAAAUAAUGAAGCGUCGCAUUUGUUAACGCUUACAGUUAAUUUAUUGAUGUAGUUCGUAGUUCUUAUAGUAGCUGUCGUUCGUUACCCGGAACACCUGGAUUUUUCACUUUGCGGGUGAGAGGGAUGGAUUUUCCUCAUCUCACUGAAGAUGAAAUGGCAGAGAUAAAGAAAGACGUGCUGACCAGACUGCGGCACUACCUCUGCGACAAGAUCAGGGCAGAACGCCACCUCGACUAUCUGCGCUCUCGACGGAUACUGACACGAGAUGAUGCGGAGGAAAUCAGCUGCAGGACCACACAGACCAAGAGGACGGCCAUGUUGUUGGACAUACUGGCCGAGAACCCACGGGGCCUGGACGCCUUGAUUGACUCCAUAAGGGAGUUGCGUGCACAGAACUUCAUCAUCACCAAAAUAACAGACGAGGUGCAAAAGGCCAAAAAUGAUAAGAUCGAGUCUCUCAGAGCAGGGGUUUCCAGUUCCUCAUCUGACAGCAGCCUCAGCACCCUGACUAGCGACCUCCCCACAUCAUUUUCAAACAACUCCACCCUGCUCUUCCACCCAGACGGAGAACGAAGCCCUUCCACCUCAGAGGUAGCGGGCUCACUCAAUCUGCCAUCGUUACAGAAAGGCGGAGACUUGCCCUCUGGGGCCAGUGCAAGCAUCGGCGCAGCUUCCUCCACAACCUCCUCCAGCCUCCCGAAGCCCGGAGACCCAGGUGCUCCUCCGCUGCCGGAGGAAGUAAUGGUUGAAUCCCCCUCCAACUUAGAUGCUGGAGCCCCGGGGUGCACCAGCACUGGAGGUGACCCAAACUUCCAGCCCCUACGGUCGCGCUCGCUCACUCCAACGUCACAUAGGAGCAUCUUUUGAUUUCACAUCACGAUAAGACAGUUUUAAUACAGUUGUAAGGACAAACCAGCAAAAUCCUCUGCCACUCAACUCAACACAUGUACAAACACACUCUGGUUGUAGUCUCACACUGUUUUUGGUGUUGCUCUUGCCUUUGAUUAGGCGGUUAGUGAUAAAAAGCUGUACAUGGGAUAUGCUACUACUACCAAUCAGCUUUGGACAAGAGAAAAUGGGAACAAUGUAUCACUUGAUUUGGGGUAUUGUUUCAAAGUUUUUGAUACAGGUGCCAAUUCUUUGCCUUGAUUUUGAAAUAAGGCCUAAAUAAUACCUUAGUUUUAAGAAUAUACCCACUUUUUUAAAUUAAACAAAAGAAGCCACACCUCUCAAAUGUCAAAUGUUAUUUAAAUAAAAGCAAGGGUACAAGAACACUGCUUAAAUAAAAGUACAGUUAAAAAGGCAAAAUUAUGAUUUAAAUCAGAAAUAAUCUCAUCAAUAAAUAAGUAGAGUAUGAAUUUGGGCAAGCAUUUGAUUUCAUCUUUUGGGACUUAGUUUUCGAUACUCGUGCUUCAAAAGUAUUGAGGUUGGAUGCCCACGUCAUGAGCUAAGGAAAUCUGACUCAUCCUCUCCAACCUUUUCUACUCCUCUUCUUUUAUCAAUUUCCUGGUAUAUUGUAAAAACACAGUAGUUACAGUUUAGGUGCAGAAAGAAAGUUACACUGGAAUGACUUGAGCAUAUAUGUGUACUGUAGUCUGAACUCAUGAGAUGCUGCCUUUGGAAGAAAGCGAUGCAGCUCUACAUGAUGAUUUCCAGUUCAUUCUAUGCAGCAUUAAGUCAACAAGAAAUUGCUUUACAUUGUUGUCACUACACAGGUCUCGAAUCACAAAGCAUAUUGUGACAUACAACCCAAAUAUCUGGUCGUGUUCAAUAAUCUAAUGCGUAAUAAAGGUUUUCUGUAUGAAUUCAA